CUUCAUAUAUCCUUCCGACUCUUACGCCACCGUGGGUUCGUUAUCAGUACCCAUCUACAUCCAUUCGCUCGGAGUCAGUUCGUCAAUUCGCCAAUACCGUCAAAAUGGUUGCUAUGUACACCGUCUUCGGCCGCCAGGUCGGCUCGCACUACCUUGCAAUGGGCGUUCUCGCCGCCCUGUUCGGCGGCACCUACCUUGGAGUAAAGGGUGGUGGAAGCAAGAAGACUGCCACAACACCUCCCAUCAACGCAUCGACCCCCGACGAGGCCGACUUCAUCCAGAACUUCUUGAAGCAGGCUGAUGCGGACGAAAAGGCGAAGCACUAGACUUGGUUAGGCAGCAUAUCGGCCUGGAAUAUUGGUCGACUGUACAUAUAGAUAUGGUCACAAUGAGAGCAGCCAACAUGCGAUAGAGCAUUGAUACCUGCUCAAGAUUCCGAUCCAUGAGAGGUCUUUCUGUGAUAUUCUUGAGGACUUCAUGUCUCCAAACGACAUAGUUGGAAUAAACGAUAUCAUCCAUUCAC